CCGAUCCAGCCGUGCCUCAGCAGCGUGUGUGUGCCCGGGCCUGCACUCCUAUGUGAGAUGCACACUGAGAGCCAAUGUGGAGGUAACCGUGGUCACUGUUUCCCAGAGGACCGUCUGGCGGCGAGGGCCAUUAAUUAUAAGAGACAGGGAGACAGACAGCUCGCCAGCUAUCAGACAGACAGACAGACAGACAGACAGACAGUACCGCAGAGAGCGCAGACAGGCCUGACAAGAGCAGGGCCCGACAAAUACAAAGAGAGGAGGAAGAGCAGCACGCACGGCCAAGAAAAAUAAUCCUCCCCCUGUAGCGAAGUACGGCCAUCUGCACCGCCCCGCUUCUCCUCCCCUCCAGCGGACUAUGAGUAAAUACAUUCAGGCAUAAUAACCCUUUGUCAUAAGAGAAAGAAUCGCGUUUUUCUUUUUUUUCUUUUUUUUUUUGCGACGGAGAUAAAUAAUUGAAAAAAAAAAUGCGGCUGUCCGACUGCGCAUCCCUGGGAGUGAAUAGGGAAAUGCUGCGCCAGUGUCCCGGCUGAGAGACGGAGCCGAUCUUCCCCUACAUAAGCUCCUGAGCCUUUUUUGCCCUCUUGUCAUUACACAACACCGCUGCCAAAAAUCAUCGUUUCCAACAUGUGUGCAGGGAGACAGAUUAAAAGUUGUGUGUUGGCCAAUGCGCCCCUGCGUUGGUCCCAUCCUGCAGAAGCAUGUCCCGUCGGAAACAGAAACGACCCCAGCAGCUUAUGAGCCUGACCCUCGGUGCCUGUGGGAUACUUGAGCAUGAUGACAACUUGGCAGUGAAGUCCCUGGAUUCUCCCCUGUGCUCUGCAUCUUCCUCUCUUCAAAGCUCCCAACUGCCCCUAACACUCCCCUCAUCUCUAAAGGGCUCUCAAACCCCCUCUCUACCCACUGAGGGUCCACCCCUUUCCUGCUCACCAAUCCAGCCGUCACACCAGCCCCUCAAAGACCCACAACCCUCCCUAUCCCCUGACUUCCCUUACUCUUCUCUAUCUUCCCAAACUCAACAUCCACCUACUCUUCAACUGUCUGGUUGCAAUCCUACGUCUUCUACAAGUGCCGUCAUCCACCCCCCCGGAAGCGCACACAUGGCCUCUCCUAAGUUGGGGCUGUCAGCCACCACCACCACCUCUUCUUCCUCCUCAUCAUCCUCUGCCUCCCUAUGUCCUCCACCGCACCCUGGAAGCCCCAGCCGUGUGCCUGAGGGCCCCCCAAGUCCUGUUACUCCAACUCCCAGCCCAGGAGUGACAUCUGCCUCAGCUGCACCCUCUAGGGCCCAACUUAGUAUUGCCCUGAUCCUGGAGGAGCUGCGGGUGCUGCAGCAAAGGCAGAUCCACCAAAUGCAGAUAACAGAGGAGAUCUGUCGACAGGUACUACGCCUUGGAGGAGCAUCCUAUACGAUAGAAACACCUUCCCAACCACUCCUCCCUCCUCUGCCACAGCUCUGCCUGGAAGGUAGCAAAAGGGCUGCGAGUCCAACUACACAGCCUACUGCACCUCAGCCUUCCACCUCUGUGGCUCCUCUCCUGGCAUGUUUCUCAUCCCUGCUCCCAUCUCAGGCAGCUAACAAACCCACAAAGCCCAGCAGCUCAUUGUCUCAAAUCCUGCAGCCCCACAAAUCCCAGAUUGAAGGCACCGGAGGGACUGCAGGGGGUCAUGGUUAUAUGAGGGUGAGUUCUAGAUCGGCUGCUCCCUCAACCUCUUCCUCUGCUGCCAUCUCGAUGGCUUCCUCCAACUAUCCACUUGCCCUGUCAUUAGCUCUGCCCAACCGCUAUCUUCAUGAGAAAUCUCCAAAUACAACUUCAUUGGGUGGGCAUGCUGGUCGAUCCUUCCUAAACUCAUCCCUCUCCACAUCAGUAUCCAUGGUCCCAAACUCCCAACACUUGCAGUCUGUCUCUGGGGGAGCAGACUCUUCCACUGCAUCCAGUUCUACCACUUCUAGUCGCCUCCAGCAUGCUUGCCGCUUUUGUGGAAAAAUGUUCAGCAGUGACUCUUCCCUACAGAUACAUCUGCGCUCACACACAGGGGAACGACCAUACCAAUGUCCAGUGUGUCUCAGCCGCUUCACCACACGAGGCAACCUCAAGGUGCACUUCUUACGACAUCGUGAGCAAAACCCAGAGCUCUCACUUUCACUCCUGCCACCAUCUUUGUUUGGGGUAGCAUUAGGGGCCACUGGGGGGUCAGAUAUGGGACAGACCCUGAGCAGUGGUGGCAGUACUAGUGGCAUGAAUAUGUUACAGAAGAAGCCAAAAAGCAGGCCUGAGGAUGAAACAUGUGGAGAUAAUUUGGAGGUCAGUGGCACCAGCACUGGCUUUUCUCUGGGGAGCACUGGAGGGUCUACCCCUUCUAUCCUACCCCUGGCCCCUAGUGUGGAUCUGGCUUUGAUUUCCCACUCUCUUCUGCAGCUCAAUAGGGCCGCAGCUGUAGCUGCUGCAGCCUCUAUCACCUCCAGCUCAUCUCACUCAUCUUCCUCCUCUUCAGCUGCCACCUCUUCUCUGGCUACCUCCUUACUAUCAAACCCUUCAUUGUCUUCAUCUUCUACCAUCACAGAGUUAUUCAAGGGUACCAAACAGCAGCACUUUGAUGAAAAUACCCCCCCUCAUGCCCCAAUGCUUUCUCCUGCAGCCUACUCCCAGCUCGCCCAGCUACCUAAACUCCUGUUCCCUUCUGCCUCUACUUCUUCCUCUACCUCUGCUGCACACUCAUCCCUCUACAACCAUCCAGCCUUGGGGUUGUUACGUACCCCGCUACCCUCUAAUCCAGGCUCCCACCAACUUGCUUCUUCCAGCCAAUCUCUUUCAUUCCCUUUCUCUUCUUUUCCUAAAGUCCCAGGUCCACCCACCUCCACUCAAUCCUCUUUGCCUUCCUCAAUGGCUACCUCCACCCCGACAUCUGAAACUUCCAAGCUGCAGAGGCUGGUGGAGAAGCUAGAGAAGGCACCUCCCCACUCCUCCUCUCCAUGGACUUCUUCCUCUUCCAUGCUGGAGAUGUUAUCUGGCAAUAUCACUACCUCUUCAGCAAGUCCAGCCAACAGUCGUCUCACAAAUGCCAGCACUUCUACCACAUAUGUAAUGGCAUCCCCACCCUCUUCAACCCUUCUCUCCACUUCUGUUUCAAACUUCACCCAUGAGAUGGUUGCUGCCUUAGGCAUGAGUGCCAAUGGAGCGAGGGCCAUGGGAGGGGGUUUGCUACCAUCACUAGGUAUCACAGGCGCAGCCGGCAACCUGACAACUAAUCAGUGUGGGGUGUGUCUACGGGUGCUAAGCUGUCCCAGAGCACUUCGUCUGCACCAGGCUACACACCUUGGAGAACGCCCUUUUCCAUGCAAGAUAUGUGGCAGAUCUUUCUCGACCAAAGGCAGCCUGCGAUCACAUCUGGCCACCCAUCAUUCCCGACCACCCAAUGCACGGGUCCAGAACUCUUGCCCACUGUGCCAGCGCAAGUUCACUAAUGCCCUAGUGCUCCAGCACCAUAUCAGAAUGCACCUUGGUGGACAGUUGCCCACAGAAGGCACAGAGGAUUCUGCACAUGAGAUGCUAGCUGAAUCUAAUGUCAAAACUUUGUCAGAAUCACAAUCACAAUCCCAGUCCACUGACCCAAAUACUGCCUCUAUUGAAACACUGCCUGACCGAGCAGGCCACUCUAAGAGCCCAGCCCCAAGCUCACAAUUUCAAACUCCAGCACCUGGUUCAGCCCCUGUCUCUAUGAAAACAGCCGAGUUCACUAAAAAUGCAGGCAAUUCUGGGUCCUCCAGCCCAGACCUCAUCCCCCCUUCUGACCUUAGUCCUGACCCAUUCAUAAAUCCCACCACACAAACUCCACCACCAGGCAGUGUAGACCCUCCAGUCCUUUGUGUCAGUGCCCCCUUGCCAGCAUCUCAGCAGACAGACCAAGCUUCCCCAGUUGUCAAAGACAGUGAAGUUGAACAACAAGCCACUGUUGAUGUCCAUCUUCCUAAGUCCACCUCUUCACCAAUUUCCUCCACUGUCACCAAAACAACAGUGUCAUCUAAUGCUAUGGUAGUGGACUCUGGAGUGGAUGGAACAUCCGACUCCUCUGACACCUUCCUUGGCUCCAGAUCAAACCUGGAGGACUUAAAAAGCACACCUGCCCUUGGCACACCCUUUGCGUACACCUGUCCAAAUACCUCUUCUAACCCAGUCCUGAGUCAAGAUGCACUUGAUGUUAACGCAACACCAACCUUGGAAUUAGACUCAGUCUCACCAAGGCCCCAAUCACCAGAACCCAUGGACGAAGACAAAAUUCAGUCCUCUCUACCAGCAACACCAAAGCAAGACCAAGCAACUGUGCCUGACGAGGACCCCAAAAUGACAUCCACUCUGGAGACUGCUGACACUAGUGGUGCUGACAUAAGGGGUGCAUCACACAGAGCUGCUACUUUUGUAAGGGAGACACGUCAGAGCUUUCAUUUUGGUUCAUAUGGGAGGGAAGACCGGGUGGAAGGUGUUAAGAUGAGUGGAUUGGCUCCAAGUGAUGAAUUGGAAGCUUCUGUCCCCAUCAGCCUCGCCCCAACCCUCCCAUCUCCCAUGUCUCGUCCUGAAAAGAAGACCUAUUGCUGUGCUGAGUGUGGAAAAGAAUAUGCCAGUCGUAGUGGACUAAAGGGGCACAUGAAGCACCAUGGUGUGGUAACCAAAACAACACGUCCACCAGCUCGGAGUAGUCGUUCCUCUACUGACCAGCUUCCUUCUUCCACAUCUAUGACUUCCUUGAACAUUCCUGCCACCAGGAGCUCAGUAGGCUUCUGGAACCAGUACCAAGCCUUUCUCAACACUAGUAAUGAGCCAACCGAUGAUCCAACUGCUGACAGCCAAGGAGAGAAUGAGUCGGCCCUGUCUGCAAAAUCACCUGGUCGAUCUCAGAUGGAUCCAAAAGCCCCUGAUGAAGCAGGGGAAGAGUCUACUGAGGGGUCAUCACUCGAGUGAGCGUGAUUGGCUGGAUAGUGUCCUUUUUUGUCAAUCAAUGUUUACCUUUUGGUGAAACUGUAUGGGCAUUUGCGUAGUACUGCUUCCUUAACACAUUUCAAGUAGCCUGUCAGUAUGAUAGUCAGAGUAAUAUGUUUGUAUGUGAAAGUUUUAAGUCAUACCAGCUUGGUCUUGUGUCAAAAAAGUGAAAGCGUUUGUAAAAAUAAAGGUGAAAAUAAUAGAGACGUAACAAAAUGAGUCUGGGUUUUUGAUGGAUUUGAUUAAAAAAAGAGACACUUUACUUUUGUUUGGCUGACAUUGUCAAUAGUUUGAUGCAUAUUCUAACGAAAAAGAGUAUUCCUGUUGUAUAAAUGUUUCAUAUCAGACCUGGUCAAUAAUUAUCAGUGGGUUUUUUUGUUUUCUACUAUUUUCAGAUAGUAAAGUUGACAACAUUUGAACAAAUUUAAUAUUAUUGAUGAUAACGUGUAAAUCGCAGAGAAUUACAAUAAAAUUUGAGUUUCAAAAAUUUGAUGUCAGUAUGUCAACAUUUUGGAACUCAUUGUGUUGUGUUGUGUGCCAUGUACCAAAUCUGAUCCCACUGGCACCGAAAGAGGCCCAUGCAAACCAAAAGAAAAUCUAUUUGCAAAUGCUUCAUGACCUACAAUCUUUACAGAUAUAAAAGAUUCCUUCCUGCCAAGGGAACCUAUAUAAAUGGAGAAAUUAGUAAGUUGUUUUUCUUACAAACUUUUGUUUUGCUAACCAGGCCAACCAACUGAAUGUGUUUCUACGGGGAAUAUUAAGUCUUUGUCCCGAUCUUGUGGUACAAAUAAACUACUCACUCAUGUC